GUCCACAGAAGGAAUUUUAAGCCUUGAGAAACCCCUGCCGUGCAUUGAAACACGGUCGUUUUACCAAACGGAGAAGUAUCAUAGACAACGGAGAAGCAAAACGACGUCGUCUGGCAGCCAAGAUUAGGGUUUAGAGGGGUGGAUUUUGCGGAGGACAUCGCUAAAGCCCUACCUGAAGAACUGAAAUGGGUCAAGUUGAAAGCAAUCAAAGCUCCGCGCCAAACAAUUCCCAAUCUCGGCCCUCAGAUUCCCUCGACGCUCUAAUUGCAGAAGCUGCAGCAUUUGGUGACGAUGAGAAUGAGUCCCUUGACGCUAAAGCUCAGAAAGCCCUAGAAUGCCCUUGCAUAGCUCAUCUACGGAGCGGUCCGUGUGGAACGCAAUUUUCGGAGGCUUUCGUCUGCUUCCUCAAAAGCUCUGCAGAAGAGAAGGGCUCGGAUUGUGUGCAUCCAUUUGUGGCUUUGCAGAACUGUAUCAAAGCUAACCCGGACGCAUUUUCAAAGGACAUUUUGGAUGAUGAUGAUGAAGUCAAGAAAGAGGAAGAACCAACCCAAGAAUACAAAAUCAUCCCUCCCAUCUGGGCUGCAGAAAAAGGUCCAAAACAGAAACUUUGAGACGGAGCUUUCUUCUACUUAUUCUGCCCUUUUUUUUGAUAGGUUUUAGUUAUAUUUUGUAGAGAAUAUUAGCCUCUCACAUUGAAAGAUGAAAGGAAGAUUUAUGAAUAUUGAUUGGUCCAGGAGGAAUAAAGAAAGAAUAUUUGUUGGAUA